AUGGUUGAACAUAAUAAGCCCUCAAUGCCACAUUCACUCAACUCCUCUGAGUAUAUUUCUUCUUCUGAUCGCUUCUCUAAGACAAGGUCUAGGCAGAAACCCUCGGAUACUUCCAACUACUCUGAGCAUAAAAAUUCGACAAUUCAUUCUUCCAAGGAUGCCAUAAAUCAUAAUUCCAAUCUCAGAAGUGAUUCAAUAUCCGUUAUCGACUUCGAUCCUACAUUAGUUUCAGUAGAUUUUUACUGUAAUUACUGUAACCAAUCGCUAUCAGUUGGAGGCUGCAGGAUAAGAUGUGCCGAAUGUUUGGACUACGAUCUAUGCAUCUCCUGCGCCUGUAAUCACAAAUGCACUGAACCUCAUAAUCUGACUCAUAAUUAUGUUCCUAUCGGACCAAAUUCAUUUGAACUCUUUUCAGAAGGUUGGACGGCAGAUGAAGAGUUGAUAUUAUUAGAAGGGAUUGGUAAAUAUGGGUUUGGUAACUGGAAGCAAGUGGCAGAGAUGGUGAACAAGGUGAAUUCGAAACAAAAAACCCCGGCUGAGUGUGAAAACCACUAUUAUGAUGUUUAUAUUUCCACUGGCUCAUCGCCGCACCCAAAUGUAAAAAAUCUCAGAACACCCAUAAAAUGUCCCAAGACUAGAGAUAUGGUUUAUAAGUAUUAUGAAGAAGUCUCUAAGAACCACAGGAGGUUUGAGAACCCAGAUUCUGAUAACAUUGUUUCUUCCGAGGAGACUGGAUCCCACUCUACCUUUAUACCACCAGCCGUCAAUUUGCUUCAUUCUGACCCAACGAAAGUUAAGUUCUUCCAGAACUUUACUGGGUACAACGUAUACAGGGAUGACCUGGAAAACGAGUAUCACCCAGACGCGGAGCUGAUUCUGAAGGACGUGGAGUUUGAGCCCUGGGACUCACCACCCGAAAUUCAGUUCAAAAUCCAACUCAUUGAUAUAUAUAACGCGUUUCUGGACGAGCGUAUUUAUCGCAAGCGGAUUUUGAUGCACCGCUUCUGGAACGAUUACAUAACUCGAGAAACAGCAAUGGCGAACAUGACUGAACUUGAGAAAAUGCUUUACUGGCGACUCUCACCACUUAUCAGGUUCCACACGGAAGAGGACCACAUCAGCCUGACAAAGCUGCUCAUAGCGAAGAUUGAGCUUGAAAAGAGGCUCGAAAUAGUGCAACAGUGGAAGUCGCUAGGACUCAGGACCCUAAAGGACAUUCAGGAGUUUGACCUCUUAAAGAACACCGCAAGGUCCUCUUCAACCAAACAUGUUAAUCACUUCAGUCGUAUUUCAGGCCUCUCCGCCAAGAUCUUGAAGGACGGCGUGGUUCACAAGGACGAACUCUCCGAGUACAUGAAUGAAAUCAACGAGAAGUUUUGCAACGAGUUCUACAUCACCAAGUCCCACCUCGACGACAUCCUGAAUUCCUUCUCCAAUGCGCAAAGCGACACUGAUUUCAACUACGAGAACCCCAUCACACACAUCUGGGACUUGCACUUUGAAGAUUUUAAUAUUGAGAAUAACGACCCUCUACCAGACAUUAAGCGCUUCCCUCACCCUUCUGACGUUCCCGACAACUCUAACAUUCGGGUGAUUCUGGACCCUGAAAAGAAGGGCAUUGACCUUUCGGACAUGAAAUUUGACGACAUCAAGUUCGGCAUUGUAAAACACAACGCACAGCAGUCGAACAUUCAAACCCACGACCAAUCUCUGUUUUACCUCGCGAGAUUCUAUCAUGAUCGUAUAAACAAGGUUCAGAAGAACAUACAUAAGCCUAAAAUCGAGCUCAACUACCCUGCUAAACGGAGACUAUCUCAACGAAGGUUCAUAUAA